AAAGGCGAGUUAUGUGUGUGGAAAUUCAAAACAUCGAUUGAAUUUGACAAACACCAAGAAAAGGCAACCCACCUCACCACCGAACAGGUCUAUGGCUUUGCCCACCCUCUCGGCCCAUGUGCCAAGCCGGUCCCGGGUGCUGGCCGGACAGCUGGCCCGGCAGCGGGAGCAGGAGGCCCGGUGUCGACAGCAGUGGGAGCUGCAUGCUCGGUACUUCAGAGAGCAGAGUGUCCGCAGCCAGAGACAGGCGGUGUGGAGCUCCCGUCACUCCUACCAGAAGAGUAUGUCAGCGUACCAUAAACAGACACUGAAAGAGGAAAAGAAGGCCAGCCUGGAGCAGCGCAGGAAUCGGCUCAGGGCCAUGCUGCAAGAGGAGCAAGACCGGCUGGAGGCGGAGCUCAGGGAAGUGGUCCCUGACAGAAGCACAUUGGCAAGUCAGUUGGUGCAAAAAACUGAAGAGCUUCGUACAGCAAGAGAGGAAAGAAGAAGAAAGCUUGCUCAAGAGCUGUUGAGGGAGCACUGGAAGAAAAACAACCCAGAGUUGCAAGAGGUUGAGUCGGCAUUACAUAAAGAUCAUGUUGUCAGCCAGUGGCAGGAGCAGAUAUCUGAGAAGAAAAAGCAAGAAGUGGCAGAGCAAGAGGAGAAGAGGCACUUUGAAAAUGAGUAUGAAAGGACCCGAAGAGAGGCUCUGGAGAGGAUGAAGCAGGCGGAGGAGAAAAGGAAAGCAGAGGAGCGCGAGAGAGCAGAAGAACUUCGCAAACAGAUGGAAGAAUUGAAACUGAGGGAAGAAGAGGCCACUCGUCUAAAGAAGGAGCAAGAGGCUCUGCUGGUCAAGCAGUGGGAGCUGGAGAAGCUAGAGGAGGAGAGGAGGAAGGUGGAGGAAAGGCAGAAGAAGUCUGAGAUGGGGCAUUUCUUGAUCCGUCAAUAUCGAGCUCAGCUGAAGAGGAGAGCACAGCAAGUGCAGGAGGAACUGGAGGCCGACCGUAAGAUCCUGGCCACCUUGCUGGAAGGAGAGCAGGACGACAGGAGGCUGGAGACCGCACGAAGGGAAAGGGCUAUCGCUGAUGCUGCCUGGAUGAAACGAGUGAUUGAAGAGCAGCUUCAGUUGGAGCGGGAACGGGAGGCUGAGUUUGACAUCCUACACAGAGAAGAAGCUCAGCAUGUAUGGGAGAAACGAGAGGCACAGUGGGAGAAGGAGAGAAAAGCCAGAGAACGGCUAAUGCAUGAGGUGCUUGCAGGGAGACAGCAGCAGCUGGAGCUAAAGAUGCAGAAGAACCGUGAGGCUCAGGAGGAGUCCCUGAGGAGACGAGAAGAGCUGAUCCAGGAGCUUGAGCUGGAGAGUGAGAUCAGGCGGCAGGAGAAAGAGCAAGACGAAAGCCGUAGGACAGCACGGAUACAAGAGUUAAAUGCUCAGGUGGAGCAGCAGCGUCAAGAGCAUUGGGAGGAGCAGUGCAGGAUAGAGCAGGACGAAGAGGAGGAGAGGGAGGCUCUUCGUAUCCAAGAGGAGGAGCUGAGGCUUGAGAUGCAGAGGAUGGCCAAGAAAGGGUACCAGGAGAAGAUUCACAGCAGACCUCGAUCAGCCUGGACAUGAGCAACCUGCAAGACUGAAGUCAAGACAGAAUUGUGAGGUGUAUAUUUUUCUAGAUGUAAUUAGCCUUAAAGGAUAGGUUCACAUUUUAUGUCUUAAAACAAUACUCACAUGGCCAUUUGUAAACCAUAACAGUUAGUGGUCAUUGUAAUUGUUUCUCCUGUCCCUAUGGCCCUGAAGAGAUCACUUUCUGACAUGGUGCCAGUGUAACAGAUGGGUAAUAGCAUUCACAGUCCUCAUUCAAGUCAAGUGAGGAUUGUUUCCUUUUGUGCAACGUCCCUGUUUUUGCCUCACCAGACUUGGUUUUCUUGCUGAGCCACAGAGGAGGGAGAGUAAUACAAGAGGAGAAUCUCAUACUAAAAAGACUGCAACUUCUGAAGCCCCGUAUUUGGUUACACUUUAAAACAUAUUUUUUUCACAGAUCGAGGACUGUGAAGUUUGUCCUCCAUCUCUUACAUUGGAAUCGUGUUGUGGGGAGAUCUUUUCAUGGAGAAGAUGAACAAUUUCAUGAAGCCAUAACUCUUUCAGUGUACAUACGGACAUGCGAGAAUAAAAAAGUCUUUAAAGAAAUGAAACAUUCAUGUUUAUGAGACCAUAAAGUUUACCAUCUUGAUGUUAAUAAUUCAGUGCCUGUUAUUUUUGUAUGUAGAGAACUGAUUGAUUUUUUUGUACUUUUGGAGCUGUU